AGCUGGCUGCAGAGCGUGUUAAAGUUCACAGAGAGGUGGGACUCGAACCUGGGACCAUGUCUCCGCUGCAGCGGUCUGUCUACUGGCGCCUGUCUGUCGUCUUCGUCUUCACCUCCUUCCUCUUCUUCCUCGACAUUUUCACCGCCGCCAUCGCCGCGGUCACUUGUAGCCAUGGUAACGUCACCAGCCCAGACGCUUUGAAUGCAGCGAUCAACCAAUCAGGAGCCGGGGACGAGUCAGAGGGCGAAGCCGAUUGGAGGACGGACGACCGGCAGCGAGACUCAGUGUGUGCUUGGACAGAGUGGUUGUCCUAUGGUCAGACUGUGUUCAUGGUGGGCCAGCUGCUGGGCUCUCUGAUUGGAGGAGAAAUAUCCGACCGGUAUGGGAAGCGUCCAGUGCUGCUGGUGUGUGUUUGUGUCCACGCUCUGUGUGGCCUCGUGCCCGGCGUCCUUCCUCAGCCACUGGUCUUCCUCGCCGUCCGCUGCCUGACUGGUGUCUGCUGCUGCUGCAUCAACAUCUGCUCCUUCAGCCUGGCCGUGGAGUGGACGCCCCCUGCUGCUCGGCUCUGGCCGUCGGCCGUCCUGCCCUUCUGCUUCAGCGUGGGGACGAUGGUGGGAGCUCCUCUGGCCUGGCUCAGUCCCACCUGGACUCACCUGCACCUGACGCUGGCUCUGCCGCAGCUCGUCUGUCUGCCGCUCUACUUUUCCAUCCCAGAGUCUCCUCGCUGGCUGCUGUUGAAGAGGAAGAUGGACGUCUUGGACCGAUACCGGAGCAACAGCCCUGAAGAUAAACAGUGUCUGGACCUGCUGUUGCACUCUUCCUGCUCUGACCUGCAGAAACCCUUCGAGGUUCAGAAGGAGGAGCCACACACAGGCCCCGCCCCCAGUGACAUCAUCCACCUCCGACACCCGACCAUCCUGCUGAGACUGUUCAUCAUGAGCUACCUGAGUGCAGCAUCAGCGCUCACGUACUUCGGCAUCUGUAUGAACAUCGGCUCCUUCGGCGUCGGCGUCUACUCCGCCCAGUUCUUCUCCGGCCUAUCAGAGGCUCCCUGCCUGCUGGUCCCACUGGUCCGCCUGGGGCGACGGCCAAUCAGCAUGCUCGCCCUCUUCCUGAGCGGGGCGGCCUGCUUCGUGUCGUUACUUCUGUCCAGAUAUGACGGCGAACCAGAGCUGGUGAUGGGUUUGGCUCUGUUGGGAAAACUCUGCAUCCUGGCGGCCAUCUUCAUCUCGACGCUGUACGCCAUCGAGCUGUUCCCCACCGUGGUCAGGCAGCGCUGCGUGUCCCUGGUCAACCUGUGCUUCCGCCUCGGCUGUCUCGUCAACACCCUGGUUCCCCCCAACCCCAACGGAGCAAUCUCAUUGGCUGCCAUGGCCGUGUACAGCAGUGGACCAAUCAUAGGCUGCGGCCUGUGCCUGUUGCUGCCGGAGACCAGCGGCGUGACGCUUCCUGACUCGGUGGAGGACUGUGACCGGCAGCCGCACUCACAGGCGCCACCUGGAGGACAUGAUGAGAAACAAACUUUUAUCAUAGAACUUUCCUCAUGAGCCCAGACUCCUGUUUUAACACUAUUUCAUGAUAUGCUUUUACUUUGAAAAGGUUCUGCUUCCUGUCCGGUUUGUCUUUUGAACAAACUCGACGUUUUAAUCAUGAAACGUCAGUUUGCACAAAGUACGAAAUCUUCAAGGUUCAAACUCAAGACCUCAAAAAACACUUUAAACCAAA